GGCACGACGGCCUUCCGUCCCCGGCAUCGCCCGCAGACCCGCCCGGUCCCUCGCCGAGCUGCUGGGGGUCGUCUGUCCUGUGGGUUGGCAGACUGUUGUAGGCCUGCACAAUGGGUCUGCGGAUUCACUUUGUUGUUGACCCACAUGGUUGGUGCUGCAUGGCUUUGAUUGUCUUUGUCUGGUUGUACAAUAUUGUUUUAAUUCCCAAAAUUGUCCUCUUUCCUCACUAUGAAGAAGGACAUAUCCCAGGCAUAUUAAUCAUAAUCUUCUAUGGCAUUUCUAUAUUUUGUCUGGUUGCCUUAGUGAGGGCCUCCAUAACUGAUCCUGGAAGACUCCCUGAAAACCCAAAGAUCCCACAUGGAGAAAGGGAGUUCUGGGAAUUAUGUAACAAGUGUAAUUUGAUGAGACCAAAGCGUUCCCAUCAUUGCAGCCGCUGUGGCCACUGUGUGAGGAGAAUGGAUCAUCACUGUCCAUGGAUAAACAAUUGUGUUGGUGAAGAUAAUCAUUGGCUUUUUCUGCAGUUGUGUUUCUACACUGAACUUCUUACUUGCUACGCACUGAUGUUUUCUUUCUGCCACUAUUAUUACUUUCUUCCACUAAAAAAGCGUAAUUUGGACCUCUUUGUUGUUCGACAUGAACUGGCCAUUAUGAGACUAGCUGCCUUUAUGGGCAUUACUAUGUUAGUUGGAAUAACUGGACUCUUUUAUACGCAGCUAAUUGGCAUCAUCACUGAUACAACAUCUAUUGAAAAGAUGUCAAACUGUUGUGAAGAAAUAUCCAGGCCCCGAAAGCCAUGGCAGCAGACCUUCUCAGAAGUUUUUGGCACUCGUUGGAAGAUCCUGUGGUUCAUUCCUUUCAGGCAGAGACAACCACUGCGAGUUCCCUACCACUUUGCCAAUCACGUCUAAACAGAUGGAUGGUGGGCACAGAUGGGUCCUCCAUGCUGGAAAUGCGUUACAGGUUUUAUGAUAAUAGAACUAUGACAGUCUUCAAGUCAAUUAAAAUCCACCCACCAAUCUUAGGCAUCAUAAUGUGCCCCAGGCUUUAUUUUAAUAGUGAUCUUGAUCCUGUUGUGGGACUAAUACAAGAUCUAUAUUUAAGUUUUAAAAGCAUGUUUACUUUCAAAUUAGCUUUCCACUGGGAAUUCUUUAAAUGCUUUUGUUACAAAACUCAAAAGGUAAUGAGUAGGAUGAAAUAAUUGUACAUAAAUUUGUUUUAGUACUGACAUUGUUACACAUUUUAAUUUAUGGGAAAUUUGAGAUAUUUAUUUAAAAUGUUUACUUUUAAGCAGUACUAACCAAAUCUGAAUUUAAUUCUUCAGGUUUACAAAACUUGAUAAAAUUUCCUAUGUGUAAAUUUUCUUUUUCAAAAAACGUUAAAAUUCUUAAUACUUCAUUUUCUAUGUGCUUCAAGAUUUAAAAAAAAAAAAUGCAGUAUAGGAGUGAGAUCCAUACAUAACAAAGGGCAGUGUUUGCUGAGGAGUUGCUUUCUAAUACUUUCUCAUUUUCAUUAAAACCAAAAUUAAAAAAAAUAACACUAAUAUAAAACACCAACUACCUACCUUGUUAAAAAGAAAAGUUUAUUUUUACCCACAGUAGUAUUCCCUUUACUGUUGUAUUUGAUUGCUACUAGAAUGUUUUCUCACAGGAAAAAUUUUGACCAGUGGGUGUGUUUUAUCCUAAUAUGCUAAUGAGCAAAAAGGGUAGAAGAUUUGCAAUAAUUUAAUUUACUUUUUUGAGUACAGUUUUAUUAGAAAGCAUAUGUCUUAAAAUGCUAGUAUAACUAGAUAAUAUGUAAUAUACAUUAUAAAAGGAAUAUUGUGCUUUUGAAGUAUGUGUACUUUCUACUUUUAUUUAUCUACUAAUAGUUCUAAAAUUACACAUUGAAGGUUUAAAUAUAAUAGAUACUGGCCAACUUACAUCACAGUUGAGGAGUUGUUGGUAAAAGCAAGUUACUAACUUUUAUGUACCAAUAUCACCCAAAUUGAAAAUUAAAUGUCCAUGCCAGCUAUAAUUUGCAUUACUCUAGGGAUCUUUUUAUUAGUAGUUAAUGUUAGGAAUUGACCUUAAAAUUUAA